CACUGCGUCUCCUUGGAGAGACGACCGCCCGUAGCGUAUUUGGAGUGGAUUCUCCGGUACCCGAAGCAACGCGUCACAACGAAGGCCCUGCCCGCGGGCAGUUUGGAGGCCAUUCGCGGCCAGGGCCUCUUGGGAGAGGCGCUUGCUCAAUUGCGACUUGGAGCCCUCGUCGCUCCUGCAGCCCAGUUAACCCCGACUGGAACUAGGACGACCUGAUCUCAAGCACUUCCGAGAGGUGACUUCGUCCUCGCGGACACUAGUGUAAAUUAGGAUUUUGCUUUAAAAGAAUUAGCUGUAAGGAAACUUUUGCAGUUACCAAGAUAGAGAACACAACCACAAGAAGCAACUAUGCCUGCAGAAGUAGGGAAAACAGAUAUGGAGAGGAUUGGCCUCUUCAGUGAGAUGGAGUAUAUUACUGUUGGUGAUAGAUAUGUGUCACAAUUUAAUCGACCCUUUAAUGAGGCUGCAAGCAAAAAUAGACAGAUGCUACCUGGGGGAUCCAAAGAAAUGUCAAAUCUCCAGGCAGGUUAUUUUGAUCCCCAUUUUGUACGGAUUUUUGAAGGUGAAGGCUACGUAAAUCUGAAUCAAGUGAGGAGACGGCAUAUGAUGGAAGAAGCCAAAAAAAAUCUAGGCAAAGCUUUCCUCCCUAGUAGUGGAGAAAAAAAGCCAUGUGGAUUAGGAAGCUACCAUGGAACAAUAGGUGGUCCAGUCCCAUUCUUCAGUGCUCAGUCAAAACCUAGAGAAAAGUAUCAGCCACCUGGAAAGAAUUUAUAUACAAACCCAGGAAAGAAAGGAACUGGAUAUGGCUAUGCAAAUAUUACCAUAGGUAAACAGUUUUCACACUCUGCCGAUCUCUAUGAUGCAUCAAAAGUAAAUUAUAAGAAAGAGAAUGAAGAACAUCAAAAUUUAGUUAAAGGAUCACCUUUCAAGUUAAAUCUUUAUCCAAGGAAAUAUUUUGACAUGAAUCCUUAUUUUUCUGAGAAACCUUUACCACCAAUUAAAAAAGAAGAGAAGAAAAAAUUAAUUCCAAGCCCUUUUAAACCCUCUUCUCCUGGUAAAAAGCCUGGUGGAAUGAAGGCAGGAACAUUUGACCCUUACCCAGCACAUUCUGCUGACCCUUAUGUGGUUAAGUUGUCAAAGAUUUCCAGCAAAGAUGAUAAGAUUUUCCGUCCACCAAGUGGACCAAAAAGCAGACCAACCGAAAGUAUAAUGACUUUGAAUGUCAUAAGGGCACUAAAUAUGAAGAACUACAAGACUGCCUCAGUACAGUCCUAUUAGCAACUGGGAGAUAAGUAGCUAAUUAGAUCCUGACUACCAGCAAUUCAUUAUCAAGAGCUAAUUAUUUGAAAAAAUAUAAGAUAUUGUGGGCCAGAUAGCUCAAGCAUUUAAAAGAAAUUUAAACCUGACUCUUCCUUAUUGUAUUACUACUACUUAAUCAAUAAAUAGUAUUUGCUAAUAAUUUAA